AUGGAACCAACGCUCCGGCAGAUUUUACGUGUACACGAACGGAUUGCACCCUACAUCCAUCGAACUCCAGUUUUGACCAGCACCACUGCUGACAAACUGACCGGCUUGAGUGUGUAUUUUAAGGCAGAAAAUUUUCAAAAAACCGGAGCAUUCAAGGCUCGAGGUGCAAUAAACGGGAUUUUGUCUUUACAAAAACGGAAACCAAAUAUUAAAGGCGUUGUGACUCACAGUAGUGGUAAUCAUGGUCAAGCUCUAGCUUGGGCAGCCCAGCAAUUAAAGCUGCCUUGUUCUGUGGUUGUACCUGAAAAUACAGCAGCUGUGAAGAUAAAUGCUAUAAAGACAUAUGGCGCUGAUGUGGUACUAAGUCCUGCAACUCCUCAAGACAGGCGUCUGAUAUGCAAGCGUUUAUCAACAGAAAAAGACUAUGAAAUCAUUGAACCUUUUGACAAUUAUGACGUAAUUGCUGGCCAGGCAACAAUUGCUGUUGAAUUCUUGGAGCAGGUUCCAGACUUGGAAGCCAUUGUUGUUCCAGUGGGAGGAGGUGGGCUUUCUGCUGGCAUUGCCUUAGCAACUAACUUAUCUAAACCCCACAUCAAAGUUUAUAUGGUUGAACCUAAAGGAAAAGAACUUGCCAAAAGUAUGAAAGCCGGUCACUGGUUGUGGGAAGGCCCAGAUCGUAAUUUUGCAACUGUGGCUGACAGCAUCAACAGACAGCAACUUGGCAAAUUAACCUGGCCAAUUGUACUUAAAUAUGCAGAAAGAGAUGUCCUCACUGUGGAAGAUGAUGAGAUCAUUCAGGGGAUGAAGUUUGCAUUUCAAAGAUUAAAGAUUGUGGUUGAAGCUGCCUCUGCCACUGGCCUCACUGCUUUGCUGACUGAAAAACUUCAAAGGAUUAACCCUUCACUGCAAAAGGUCGGGGUCAUAGUUUGUGGAGGCAACGUUGAUUUAGAUCAUCUUCCAUGGUAUGAGCACCGAGCAUCAAAAUAG